AAGGGCCAGCUUUUGUUCCCAGCGGAAGCCCGCCCCGGCUUGCGGCGGCUUUCCGGUGCGCCCUGGGCGGCGUAAGCCCAAAGGUGCUUGCACCCUCGCCCCUUCCUCUCCGACAGCCGCGGUCGCCAGGGCGGGCUGAACCCUCGGGACUGUCGCUGCUUGUGUGCUGGGUGCCGGGCGCCGGGCUGUCAUCCUGAGAUGGAGUAUUGUGAGGAUUGAGAUGACCGGAGUGUGUAUGGCCCGGAGAGCUCCUGAAUAAAUAUAUGUUGCCUUCGACUGUGAAGAGUUUUAAAGAUGUCUGACAAGAAGCAGAUAGGUGCCAGAGCUUCCCUUAUUGAGCAGCUGAUGUCUAAAAGGAAUUUUGAGGAUCUUGGCAACCACCUUACUGAGCUAGAAACAAUUUAUGUGACUAAGGAGCAUCUCCAGGAGACAGAUGUGGUCAGAGUUGUGUACAGAGUCCUCAAAAACUGCCCCUCUGUGGCUUUGAAAAAGAAAGCCAAGUGUUUGCUUUCGAAGUGGAAAGCUAUUUAUAAAGAGACUCACUUCAAAGCAAGGGACAGCCCUAAAUUACUUCCUGUGAGGGGUAAUAAAGAAGAAAAUUCAGGACUUUCUCAUGACCCAAGUCAUGAUGAGACACUGGGCAUCUGCAGCUCAAAUUCUCUAUCUUCCCAAGAUGUUGCAAAACCCAGUGAAAUGAUUGUGCCUGAAAAUGGAGCCAUUCAGUUGAAACCUACGGAAGAGCAUUUUGAGGAUGGUGACCCUGAAUCCACUGGGAAGAGAUCAAGUGAGUUGCUGGAUCCAACACCCAUGAGAACUAAAUGCAUAGAGCUUCUUUACUCAGCUUUAACUACUUCUUCCACAGAUCAACCCAAAGCCGAUUUGUGGCAAAACUUUGCAAGAGAAAUUGAAGAGCAUGUUUUUGCCCUUUAUUCAAAGAACAUCAAAAAAUAUAAAACUUGCAUCAGAAGCAAAGUUGCCAAUUUGAAGAACCCCAAAAAUUCUCACUUAAAACAAAACUUGUUCUCUGGGACCAUGUCUCCACAAGAAUUUGCUGAAAUGACUGUCAUGGAGAUGGCCAACAAGGAACUGAAGCAGUUGAGAGCCUCCUACACAGAAUCUUGUAUCCAGGAACAUUACCUUCCCCAAGUGAUUGAUGGCACACAGACAAAUAAAAUAAAAUGCAGACGCUGUGAGAAAUACAAUUGCAAAGUCACUGCAAUUGCCAGAGGAGCACUUUUCCUUCCCACUUGGGUGCGGAAUUCAAAUGCAGAUGAACAAAUGAUGACUUAUGUAAUUUGCAAUGAAUGUGGGGAGCAGUGGUACCAUAGCAGCUGGGUGUGCUUGUAACUGUAAAUCAAUGUUCUCUUAAUAAAUAACC